UGACACUUUUGUUUACAUCAGCAAGGAGCCGAGGCCAAGACCGAGACCAGGUACCGCCAUAAGGUCCAUUCCUCUCUUAUUUAAGCCGAUAUUUUCACCUCUACGGCGUCGCGGCCAUUAGGGAGACGCGCUAAGGUCACCAUGGAGCUACUACUACUACCAGUCUUCCAGCUGCUCUACUUUGUCAGCCACUUCCUCUACAGCCUGGCACAGAAUGUCGUUUCAACUUGGCACCUUCUCACGACAAUCUGGCACUCGACGAUCGACAAGAUAUCCAAAAGUGCCCUCUACAAAUCGACCUCUGGGGGCCAUAUUACUGAUCCGAGGGGGACGGCCUCCGAUCCUGUGGUGCAUGGAUCCUUCCCGCAGCUAUGGGUGUCCUCGGUUUGGUCCGUGAUCCGUUGGUUUUGGCGCUACGUGGCUUCAAGUGUGGGUAAUAUUUUUAAAACGGAUCGGGGUAACGAAAGUGCGGCUGACGAUAUGACCUCUGGGGGCCAGGGCAGUGAUCCGAGGGAGACGCCGGCGGAUUGGGAGGUGCCCGGAUCCCUGCUGCAGCUCUGGGUACUCGCGGUUUGGUCAUCGAUCCGUCAGUCUGUCCGCUACGUCACAGCUUAUCAACGCGACUUCAUAAGAAUACUCAAAACCCGCUGGUACGCUACCCCAAACAAAACCUCCUCUGCCGUCUAUACGAAGGGGCUGGCCAAGACCCCGCGGCACCUGGGGGUCGUCCUAGGCCAGCCGAGUCCCAGCGUGGCCCUCGUCGCGUCGCUGAUAGCCCAGGCGGCGAGCUAUGGGGUCAAAUAUGUGUCUGUUUACGAUGCCUUCGGUGAAUUUUUGCGCCGGGAAGGUGAAGUAUUGACUGAGCUACGGAAUGUGGCUGGAGGUGCUUACUGCUUCAGAGAGAGGGAGGGAGAGAGAGAGGAGGGAUUAGAGCGAGAGAUUGAGCGAGAGUGUGAAAAUUUACCGGAAAAUUCUAGUACCGCAAAAUCUGAAGGUUCUGAAAAAUCUCCUGAAAUCUCUGGUGAAAGUUCUGAAAAUAGUCGAAAUACGUCCAGAAAAAGUGAAAAGUCUCCUGAAAAGUCUGGAGAAUCUAAAACUUCUGCUGAAAAUCCAGAAAAAUCACCUGAGAAAUCUGAUCACUCGCUCGAAAAUUCUCCUGAAAAGUCUGGAGAAUCUAAAACUUCUGCUGAAAAUCCAGAAAAAUCACCUGAAAAAUCUGAUCACUCGCUCGAAAAUUCUCCUGAAAAUUCUGAUGCCCGGCCCAUCGUGGAGAUAAAAUUUCUGGGCGUUCAAGAUGGCCGGCAGCGACUUUCAACGGCAGCGGAAAAGCUCGCUCGAGACCACGCCAGAAAUUUUCACCUCUGGGCCGAAAAUCCUGAAAAUUCCGAAAACUUCCUCGUGUCUGAAAGUUCCGGAAGUGAAAGUUUGGUGCCUGGGCUCAGAAAACGCUUAAAAAAUGUUGGUGUGGAAAGCUCUGAAAAUUCCGCUGUGAAAAUUCCUGAAAACUCCACAGUGAAAACUCCUGAAAAUUCCAUGGUGAAGAUUCCUGAAAAUUCCAUGGUGAAGAUUCCUGAAAAUUCCAUGGUGGAGAUUCCUGAAAAUUCCACAGUGGAGAUUCCUGAAAAUUCCACGGUGAAAAUUCCUGAAAAUUCCACGGUGAAAACUCCUGAAAAUUCCGUGGAAAAUUCUGACACUCAAAAACCUUCUCGGGAAAACUCCAGUGAAAUCUUAGGCCUAUCCAAUUCUAGGGUAAUUUCUGAAAGUUUAGGGGAACUUUCCGACACCCCUGCCCUGGAACUUUCAAAAUCUGGGGAAACUUCACAAAAUUUCACCCCAGAUUCCCCCAACGCAAGCACUCACUCCCACACUCUUAGGGAAACUUCUGAGAAUCUUUCCCUAGACCCCAAAUCUAGGGAAAUUUCUCACCCAGACACUCAACCAGAAUAUAGGGAAUUUUCACCCAUUCCUACCCUAGCGACCCUGACAGCUACCCCGGAUGACCCCAAAUUUAGGGAAACUCACUACAUUCCUACCUUGGCCUACCCCAAAAUUACCCUAGAGCCUUCCAAACUUACCGUAGACCCCACCAAACUUACCCUAGACCAUUCCAAAAUUACCCUAGAGCCUUCCAAACUUACCCUAGACCAUUCCAAACUUACCCUAGACCCCACCAAACUUACCCUAACACCCAACAAAUUUACCCUAGACCCCUCCAUACCUACCCUAGCCCGACCUAUCCCUCCCAUAUCCAUCCCUGUCAUAUCCCGAAUCCUAUCCCCAGAUUUCCCCGACCCUGAAGUCCUGAUAUCCCUAGGGGGCAAUAGUACCCUGGGAUAUCCUCCAUGGGGGCUUAGGGCUACUGAGAUUCACUUCCUAGGCCUAUCGGAAGCCUAUUUUGGGCUGGGCAAGGUUAUGGAGGCCUAUGCUGGAUGUGAACAGAGGUGGGGGAGGUAGGGGAGAGAGAGAGAGAGAGAGAGAGAGAGAGAGAGAGAGAGAGAGAGAGAGAGAGAGAGAGAAAUUUGAUAAUACAUGUGUUUAGAGAGAGAGAGAGAGAGAGAGAGAGAGAGAGAGAGAGAGAUUUGAUACAUAUGUUUAGAGAGAGAGAGAUUGUUUAAAAUAGUAUUAUUAUUAUUAUUACUAUUAUUACUA